AAAUUUGAAGGUGUCGGAAAAAUUUCACUUUUGAAAAAAUUGUUUAAAAAUCCACUUUGGAGUAUAGAUCUCGAUAUGGAUAUUCUGCCCUCCCGAAAUGUCGAUCCCAUAAAUUUGAACGAAGUUACCACACCAUGACAUUUUACCAAAACUUCAAAAUUCUACCUGUCAACAAAUGAUAAAACAUCACCCAAAAUCUCAAUCCGAUGAGUCUACGACGACGAAAAUCCAAACCCGACGACGAGGAGGAAAUCGAAAUUGAUUUUAUAAAAGAGGAUAUUAUCUUAUGGCCCUUAGAAGACAAAGCCGACGACGGCAACGACGACGAUGAUGAUGACGACGACGACGACAACGACGACAAUGACGGAGACAAAAAGGAAAUUGUUUUAACUGAAGCGCCUCAAGAGCUACCCAACAGCACCAGUUGCACCUCCUUGAAUGUAAACUACGACAACAACAGCAUCCAUAGCAAAUUGUCAUCCAUCUCGAGCUUUGACGGUCCAAUAGCGGAUGUCUACCGCAAACGUCGCCACGGAUCUAACAGAUGUUUUAGUUAGAAACAACACUCGCACACGAAUUGAACCCACCGUUCUCAACCACGUCCUGGACAUUCUCUCUAUUUGUUUUUGGAAAUGUUCGACAGGAUGCCAGCAGUUGCCCGACAAGCAGUAGUCGACUAUUAGCUUUGCUCACGAAAUAA